UCUGAUUGUUGUUACUUUAUAUAUGCGUAAGUUUCAUUGUUUCUUUUGUUCUUAACUUUUAUUAUAAGGAACAGAUCAGAAACAUUUCUUAGAAAUUAAAAUAAAAACGGUUUCAAAAUUAGAAUGAAUACAUUCCACGACUUUAAGAUUGACCGCGAAUAAUAAGAAUUGCGAUUACGUUGAGAGAGAGAGAGAGAGAGAGAGAGAGAGAGAGAGAGAGAGAGAGAGAGAGAGAGAAAGGAAGGAAAGAAAAAGAAAGAAAUAAUAAAUAAGAAAUUGCGAAUAUUUGGGUAGUAAGAUAAAAAAAAAUAUAAGUUAAAUGGCUACGCUUGAUAUGCAGCAAGAUAUUUUAAAUCAAAUAACUGGAAGCGAACAACAACAACAACAACAAGAGGAAAUUCAACUGACAGAAUUAUUACCAGUGAAACAAUCACGAAUCAGAGAGAAUGAAAUUUUUAAAGAUACAGAUACGAAUGUUGAUACGACCGAUGCUUUAAAGAUACUUCGAAGUUUUACCAUCGUCGACAAUUGUUGCAAUGAUGAUGAACAUAAGCUUUGCUCGGCCAAUUUAUCUUUUUGUAGAAAAAUCGAUCAAUAUGAGCGAGAAAAAUUACAAGACAAUUGCAAACAAUUGCUUGAAGGUAAUCUGCAAAAAAAGAUUUGCGAAUAUGAUAAAAAAAAUGUAAUUGAUAAAACCGAAAUUGAAAAAGAAAAAGAAAAAUGCAACGUCCAAAGAUUUGAGAAUGAAUUAAGUAUAGGAAGAAGAAAAUACAAGCAAAUCGAUAAAAAAUCGAUGAUUGGAGAUGUAAUAAAAUCCACAAAGAAAAGAGCAAUUAUCGAUGCAAUAAAAAGUAAUAAAAAACAAAAAAGUGAAGAAAAUGGCAACGCAAGGUCAAGGAAUCGGUUAAAAUUACAAGAAAAUUCAUAUCUCGAAAAUGAAAAAGGAAUUAACGAACAAAUAGAAUCAACGACUUAUUUAGAUCUUGACAAGAACAAUCAUUUAAAUGAUGAGAUUUACGUUUUUCGUCGUGAAUUGAUAGACGAAGAACAGGAACUCAACACAAACUCGAAAAACAUAGAGGGAACGUACAAAAAUGCGAAUUAUACAAAUACUACCGAUGGAAUAUUAUUCGAUCGAGUAGCAAUUUCUAGUGAAAUAGCGGACAAAAAUAAUAUCGAUGAAGCUGCUAAACAACUUAUCGCCGUUACUAUUGAAGAAAAUUGCAUAUUUAAUGAAAAAGUAGCGAAUUCGAAAAUAUUGCUCGAGAAUUCAUCGAAAGAAACAAAGUUAAACUUAUAUACAACAACGAUGAAUUAUCUUGUAGACAGUGAAAACAAUAAUACGAUGGAAUCAAGUCGAUUCAAAGACGGAGAAGCUCAUACGAAUCCAUCGUAUGGAUCAGAUAUCUCUAAGAACAUAGUCGUUAUCGAAUCGUCAUCAUCGUCGUCGUCGUCGUCGUCGUCGUCGUCAUUGUCAUCUUCAUCAUCAUUAUCAUCGUCAUUGUUAUCAUCGUCACUCUCAUAUUCAAAAAAAAAUAUGAAUGAUAACGAGGAUGGACGAGACAAGGACGAAAAGAUUGAUAUCAAAGCUAAAGAAGAGAAUCAGCAAAAAAAAUAUUGUUGCGUAGUUUGCGAAGCGCGAUUUAAAGGUAGCGGAGGUCUUCGUAAUCAUUAUAAGAUCGUACAUGGAGCGGGACCUAUCUUUAAGUGUGACGAAUGUGGCAAAGAAUUCCCUUUGAAAGAAAGAUUGAAACUACACGUUAGAACACAUACCGGAUUCAAGCCGUAUAAAUGUCCAGAAUGCGACAAAAGUUUUGCCAGAGGAGGACAAUUGGUACAGCAUCGGCGUACUCACAGUCAAGUGAAACCGUAUCGUUGCGGUUUAUGUUCUGGCACGUUUACCUGUGCCGCGAAUUUGGCAUUACACGUAAAACGACACAAUGGCCAAAAAGAUCAUAAAUGUGAGAUUUGUGGUCGCGCGUUCGUUCGCCGAGACGCGCUCAAAAAACAUCUCGAAUGCCUUCAUAGAGAUGUAAAAUCUUUUCUCUGCGUGAUAUGUAACAAAACUUUCAAGGGCCACCUACCUCAACACAUGAGAACGCAUGCGCGCGAUCGGCCACAUGGUUGCGCUACGUGCGGUCAAAGAUUCGCUCAAAAAUCUCAAUUGACCGUCCAUCAAAGAACACACUCAGGACAAAGACCAUUCAGAUGUUUGGUUUGUUGGCAGGCGUUUGCACAUUCAACGGCUCUUAAACUUCAUACAAGAAGACAUACCGGUGAAAGGCCGUUUAAAUGUGCCGAAUGUAACGCCGGUUUCACACAACUACCCCACUGGAAGAAACAUAUGAAAUGCAUCCAUGGUCGAAAUGAGCCGUACGCUUGCAAAAAGUGUAAGAGUUUCUUUAGAAUCAAAAACGAUUUGGAAUGUCACGAGAAAACCUGUCAUCCUGAAUCUAAAAGUGAACACGACGUUUCGAAUAAUCGAAUGGACUCCAUAACGGCAACGAUAAUACCGACAACAUCAGUUUCGAUGACCUUACAAUCGACAACAUCGUCCCUACUCUCCAAUGAAAUAAUCACCGACAAAUCUUCCUCCCCUCCCUCCAAAUAUAAAAUAAUGUCUGUCGAGAGGAUGAGAUUGUUGCUCGCUGUACUUCUUAAGAGGAUUAGCAAACAAGAAAGAUUGGACGAAUUAGGGUUUGGAAAACGAUUAAUCGACGAGGUUCUUUAUGAUUCUUUGUUAUCCGCUGGCAAAGACCCGAUCGUGAGUAACGGUCUUUCGGAACUCGAAACUCUCACCAAGAAUCUCGAGAUAUUUCUCAAGUGGACCGUACCCAAAGAACAUUGGGAACAUUUUCGCAAGUUGAAUAAAACACCCGAAGAUAUCCUGGAAACACUUACCGCUACUUAAAUAAAACUCCUAGUUAUUUCAAUCAUUUAAUCUUAUACGGCUAACGCUACUAAAUAUUUACCAAAGAUUAGAAGAUACAGAUAUACUUUAAACUUCUUGAAAAUUAUUUCAUCCUAAAUCGAGGCUUUUUAAAUCAAAGACUGCUCCCUCUUUUUACAUGGAUAAUUUUUCUAUAACUUUAUACGUUUGAUGCACCAUUCGCGACUACGUGAAUAAAAACAAUUAGAGAUAAACGAGUAAAAAAAGAUUUGAACAUACGUGCGGAACAAGAAUAUUCGUUAGCACGUGUGCAUCGUCAAUCAACAUAUUAUUUAGUAAUAAUAAUCAUUCGUAUUAUAUAUUAUAUUAUCUACCAAAAGUGUUAAUUUAUUAAAAUUAUUUCGAUACAUAUAAAUAAUUUCGUUUAAUAUAAAAUAAGUAUUUGCUAGUCCAAAGUGCAAACGCAAUAUUCGUAAUAACAAUCGAAUAACUCGUUGAUCAUUUUGUGCGUGCACCGUUUUACAAUUCAUUUUGUACUGGGAAAAAAUAAAAUAUGCGAUUGACUGAUAUACAUUUUAACAAUAUUAAAACUUAUUAUUAGUUAUGUUACAUAUAUGUUGUAAAAGUAAUAACGAGUUACACGUAAAAUGGUAGAUAGAUUGAACGAAUAUUUUGUUCCCAUCAUUUCUAUGUGAUAAGUUAAUUAUGCAUCGAGUGCCAUAUUGUUUGUACAAAAAGUUCGUACAAACAAUUUAAAAACACAUUUAGAGUUUUAAACUUCUACGCAAAGUAUAAAGCGACAAUAUACACUGCGAAAUUUUCAUUAUGAGAGAAAGCGAGAGAACGAGAAAGAACGAAUGAGCGAGCGAGCGAGCGAGAGAGAAAGAGAGAUAUUUACGUGAUUUUUAUAUUAUAAUAUUUUAAGUAUACAUAUGUAUAUAUAAUAUUUUACGAGUUCGUUCGCUUCAUUAUAUAGAUAUUUAAGUAUAUCUUUUAUAGAUAUUUUUAAUAACCAACUGGCUACAUUCAGGGUGCCAUGCGUCAUUUAUUUCUUGCCUUGUUAUUUUAUUAAUAAUUAUCUUACUUGUUGUUAUUUAAACGAAUUUGUUGCUCGCUUUUCGUAAUUUCUAAACGAAUGUAUGAUAAUGUAAUGAAUGUUACGAUGAUAAAAUUAAAUAUUAUCUAUGAUAAACAACUAAUCAAAAUUAGAUUCGUGUGGCAAUAGAUUAAAAAUGCAAUUUUUGCAUUUGUAUUCGUCAUAACGAAAAACAUAUUUUUUUAAAAGAAAACUGAAUGAAAACAAAAAAAAAAAAAAAAGAAAAAAGAGGGAAGGAAAAAAGGAAGGGAAAAAAGGUGAAAGAGAAAAAAAAUAUGUUUGAAUAUAUAUGACUAUUUCAAUACAAGUUUUUAGAUGAUUUCUUACUUAAUUUAAAGAGGCUAAAUAUCAACUAGGCUAUUGUACACGUUGUUUGUUGCAAUAUAUUCUUUUAAUUAGAUAUAAGCAUUCUAUAUUUAUACGUACAUUGUUGUGUGCAAAUUGUUAGACAAGUAUAACACACAAGUUGAAUGCAUAAUUUUAUUGAUUUUUGUUUAUUUGUGAUAUUUUUUUCUUGCCAUUUUUUUCAUUUUCGUUCUCAUUUAUUUAUUUGCUUUCGAAUUAUUUUUGAAUUUAAACGUUAAAUAAAUUGAUCUCUUUGGAUAAAAAAAAGUUCGGAAAAGUUCUAAAAAUUUUGGAGAUUCUUGUAAAAUUCUUCGUAUAAAAAUCAUGUAAAAAAAUAAAAAUUUUCAUUUACAUAUGAAAAAUACGCGUGGUGCUACAUGAAAUUCUGUUGUGUUCGUGGCUCUGUUAAUAAACAGGAUCUUUAAUAUCUAAAAA